GGGGAGUGCGCGGCCGGAGAGCGGCGGGGGCGGCGAGACUCCGCCGCAGCGACCCGGGCCAGCGGGCGGGCGAACGAGCGACGCAGGACCCCGGCCCGCGGCCGCCGCCGGACCGGGAGCCCGGCCGCCGCCCCCAGCCGGUCCAGCCCGCCCCCCGGGCCUCGGGACUGCCGGGGCCUGGCCGCCGGCCCGGCGUGCGCCGAGUUCAGCCACCACCGGCACGGCCAGGCCAGCAUGGUGGACCACUUGCUUCCAGUGGACGAGAACUUCUCGUCGCGGAGACGCCCUGUGGGCUAUCUGGGUGACAGGCUGGCCGGCCGGCGUGCAUACCACAUGCUGCCCUCGCCCCUCUCUGAAGACGACAGCGACUCCUCCAGCCCCUGCUCCUGCGCCAGCCCUGACUCGCAAGCCCUCUGCUCCUGCUAUAGUAGCAGCCCAGGCAGCGAGGGCCAGGACAGCAUCUUGGACUUCCUGCUGUCCCAGGCCACGCUGGGCAGUGGUGGUAGCAGCAGCGUCGGGGCCAGUAGUGGCCCCAUGGCAUGGGGGACCUGGCGGAAGGCACAGGCACCUGUGAAGGGGGGGCAUUUCUGCUUCCCUGAGUUUCCUGUGGGCGACCCCAAUGACGUCCCAAGGCCCUUCCAGCCCACCCUGGAGGAGAUCGAAGAGUUUCUGGAGGAGAACAUGGAGCCAGGGGUCAAGGAGGUUCCAGAGAGCAACAGCAAGGACUUGGAAGCCUGCAGCCAGCUCUCAGAUGGGCCACACAGGAGUCACCUCCAUCCUGAGUCGGGGGGGACCAAGUGCUGCACUCCUCCCCCAGACGGCGCCAGUGCGGGCAGUGCCCAGGGCCCAGGGGCGGUCCCCUCGCCUGAUGGCCCCAUCCCAGUGCUGUUGCAGAUCCAGCCCAUGCCGGUGAAGCAGGAAUCGGGCACAGGGCCCGCCUCCCCUGGGCAGGCCCCGGAGAACAUCAAGGUUGCCCAGCUCCUGGUCAACAUCCAGGGGCAGACCUUUGCGCUCGUGCCCCAGGUGGUGCCCUCCUCCAGCUUAAACCUGCCCUCAAAGUUCGUGCGUAUCGCCCCCGUGCCCAUCGCUGCCAAGCCCAUUGGGUCAGGAUCCCUGGGGCCCAGCCCUGCUGGCCUCCUCAUGGGUCAGAAGUUCCCCAAGAACCCAGCGACGGAACUCAUCAAAAUGCACAAAUGCACUUUCCCUGGCUGCAGCAAGAUGUACACCAAAAGCAGCCACCUCAAGGCCCAUCUGCGCCGGCACACUGGAGAGAAGCCGUUCGCCUGCACCUGGCCGGGCUGCGGCUGGAGGUUUCUUUUCCUUUUCUCGGGUUGUCAAAGGGAGUCAAGAUUCCACAACUGCGAUUAGUCCUUUGAAGGGAAGUGUAGCCCUGAGAAGGAGCAGAGAACACCUGAGUCCUUCUCAUACUAGAGUAACCAGCCUCCCAGGCCUUUUUAACUCCCACAGUGCAAUACAUGAGAAGACCCUUUCUUCUGAAAGCUGAACACCUGAGACCCCAUGGAGAUGAGAGUUUCAUGAAAAAGAAGGCAUAGGCUGCAUCUUCUACAGGGGUUAGCAUCUAAGUCAAUGAGUCCAGGAAAAAAAGCACAUCCAGAGAGUCCCCAACUGAAUGAUUUUUCAAGUUUACAAUGCCGUGAAAGCCACACACAUCCAACAGAAACCAUACCUCGAGUGCACACACAACUGUUCUGUUUUUCACUUUCAGUCCAUAUUCAGUAAAUCACAUGACAUAUUCCGCACUUUAUUACGUAUAAAAUAGGCUUUGUGUUAGGUGAUUUUGCCCAACUGUAAGCUAAUAUAAGUGUUCUGAGCAUGUUUAAGGUAGGAUGGGCUAAGCUAUGAUGUUUGGUAGAUUAGGAGUAUUAAGCGCAUUUUUGACUUAAAAUAUUUUCAACUUACAAUGGGUUUAUUGGGAUGUAACCCUAUUUUAAUUAGAGGAGGAUCUGCAUAGUCAAAGUUAUCUGUUUACUGGGAAAACUGGAGAUCCGUAUGUGGAAGACUGAAAUUAGAACCCUAUCUCUCACCACAUACAAAACCAACUCAAGGUAGAUUAAAGACUUAACUGUAAGACCACAAACUAUAAAACUUCUAGAAGACAACACAGGGGAAGCACUCCAGGACACAGGGCUGGGCAAAGAUUUUAGGAAUAAAACUUCUAAAGCACAGGCAACAAAAAUGAAAAUAAACAAAUGGGAUUAUAUCAAACUAAAAAGCUUCUGCACAACAAAGGAAACAAUUAACAGAAAAAAGACUGCAGAAUGAGAGAAAAUAUUUGGAAACUAGAGGAUUAAUAUCUAGAAUAUUCAAGGAACUCAAGCAGCUCAGUAGUAAGAAACAAAUAAUCAAUUAAAAAAUGGGCAAAGGAGCCGAAUAGACAUUCCUCUAAGGAAGACGUACAAACGGCCAACAGGUACACGAAAAAAUGCUCAGCAUCACUAAUCAUCAGAGAAAUGCAAAUCAAAACCACAUUGAGAUAUCACCUCAGCCCAGUCAGACUGGUUAUUAUCAAAAAGACAGAAUAACAAACGCUGGUGAGGAUGCGGGGAAAGGGGAAUCUCUUCUACGCUGUUGGUGGGACUGUAGACUAGCACAGCCAUUAUGGAAAACAGUACGGAGGUUUCUCAAAACACUACAGCCAGAGCUGCCAAAUGAUCCAGCAAUCCCACUUCUGGUUAUAGACACAAAGGAAUGGAAAUCAUCAUGUUGAAGGGACACCUGCACUCCAUGUUCAUUGCAGCUCUAUUUGCAAUAGCCAAGAUAUGGAGCCAACCUAAAUGUCCAUCAAUGAAUGAUUGGAUAAAGAAAAUGUGGUAUAUAUACACAAUGGAAUACUACUUAGCAUAAAAAAGAAUGAAAUUCUGCAGCAACAUGGAUGAGCUUGGAGCAAAUUAUGUUUAGCGAAGUAAGCCAGUCACAGAAAGAGAAAUAUCGCCUGUUCUCACUCAUAUGUGGGAGCUAAAAGAGUUGAUCUCACAGAAGCAGAGAGUAGAACAGUGGUUACGAGGGACUGGCUGGGGGGAGGGGAAGAGGGCGGUCAGUGGACAGGAAAUGUUAGAGAGAUAAGAAAUUAGGGAUUUAGUGUUGUAUAGCAAUACAUGGAGACUGCAGUCAACCACAAAUUACUGUAACUUCAGGUAGCUAAUUGAGAGGGUUGGAAGUUUCCUAACAUGAAGAGGUAACAAAAACGUUUGAGGUGAUGGAUAUGCUAAGUACCCUGAUGUGAUCAUUACACAUCAUAUAAAUGUACCCAAAUAUCACAUUGUACUCCAUAAAUACAUGUAAUUUUCAUGGGUCAAUUAAGAAUAAAUAAAUCAAAAAGAAAGAACAUUUCAGAGACAGAAGUAGAUUAGAGAUUCCCAGAAACUAGGGGAAGGAAUAAUGAAAAUUAUUGCUUAAUGGGUAUAGAGUUUAUUUUUAGGAUUACGAAAAAGUUUUGGAAAUAGAGGUAGUGGCUGGUUACACAAAAUUGUGAAUGUAACCAAUUCAUCGAAAUUGUACGUUUAAAAAUUCUU